CCACAAUUAAAUUUAAAUCUGACUCCAUAUUGUAAAAACAAAACGAUCAGUAAAAGCGUAGAAGCUAGAAUGGUCUCUUGAAGGUGGAGGUUGAUCUGUAGAUGCGUCGCUUCUGUGUGUCCGGGGGGAGGGUCCCAAUAUAAGCUCGCUAACGAUUUUCGGCAGGAUGACAUUCACACAGCUUUGCGACUUUCCAACUCCAACCAAGGCAAAAAAUCCCCCCUCAUCCACCACAGUCCUCUUUCUUGCGACUAGGUAUGUUUUGGCUGAAUUCCCGGUCGCCAGUUUGGAUUCCGUCCUCGAUUUUGGGUAUUUCCCACGAUUUUGUGGGAGAACCCCGGGGGGUGGUUCCUUGGGCCAUCCUUCGAAACCCCCCCAACUGAAGCGACCAGUUCUGAAUCGAGUGCCUUGCUGACCAUCCAAUCUCACCUACAGCCCUCUUUUAGGCUCGUUCAAUUAUCACAAUGGCUGACCCCCGCGUUGAAGAGAUCCACGACGAGGAGCCCCAGAAGGCCGGUGUUGAGGAUGCCGGCAGCUCCUCUGAGUCCGAGGCUGGCGAGGAGCCCACCAUCCCCGGAGGCGCCGCCGUCACCAUCCACUCUCGUAACGAGAAGAAGGCCAGAAAGGCCAUUGGCAAGCUCGGCCUGAAGCACGUCCCCGGCAUCACUCGUGUCACCCUCCGCCGUCCCAAGAACAUCCUCUUCGUCAUCAACCAGCCCGACGUCUACCGCUCCCCCUCCAGCAACACCUGGAUCAUCUUCGGUGAGGCUAAGAUCGAGGACCUGAACUCCCAGGCCCAGGCCUCCGCUGCCCAGCAGCUGGCUGCCGCCGAGGCCGCCGCCGGUGGUGAGCACGCCGGUCACGACCACGAGCACGACCUCGGCCAGGCCAAGGCCCCCGAGACCGAGGCCAAGAAGGAGGAGGAAGAGGAUGAUGGAGAGGCCGUUGACGAGUCUGGCCUCGAGGCUAAGGACAUCGAACUGGUUAUGGCCCAGGCUAAUGUGUCACGCAAGAAGGCCGUCAAGGCUCUACGGGAGAACGACAACGAUAUCCGCAGCGCCGCUCUCAAGAUCGACUGGGUCAAGGUCUCCAGCUCGCUCGGCCUCCGUGGCCAGACCGCCACCUCUCUCCAGGCCUUCAAGAAGCGUAACGACGACGCGCGCCGCAAGGUCCAGGCUCUGUCCGAACAGCCCCAGGCCGUCGACUUCGCCCACUACCGCAAGGUCCUGAAGAACCAGGCCAUCGUCGACGAGCUCGAGAACCAGUUCAAGGCCUUCAAGCCCGCCACCUACGAUGUCUCCCGCCAGCUGAAGGCCAUCGAUGCCUUCGAGGCCCAGGCCGUCCAGAGCGCCGAGCAGACCAAGGGCAAGGUUGAGGCCGAACUCCGCAACCUCGAGAAGACCCUUGAGAACAUCGAGACCGCCCGUCCCUUCGACGAGCUCACCGUGGACGAGGUUGCCGCUGCUCAGCCCGAGAUCGACGAGAAGACCUCCUCGCUUGUCUCCAAGGGCAGAUGGAUGCCCGCCGGAUACAAGGAGCGCUUCGGCGACAUGUCCGUGGUUUAAAUUGCCAGAUCUCAUUUCUGCCAUUUUUUCAUGUCUCCUUUAUCCAUCGACCUGUGUUAUCACACGACGAAAAUCUCCUUUUGUCAAGCAUGUUGGCCAGCUAGGAUACCCUUUGCGUCUGGCAGUGUGGUGUCGGUUGUUGGAUUGUGUAUAGAAACAAUGUUCCAUUUAGAAGAUAUUUUCUUCAUUCCAACGGCUGGUUGUCGGUAGUCUCGGUAGUGUAGGGUCAACGAGUUUCG